UUUCAAGGUGUAAAACGUAUAUAAUUUUUGAUUCUGAUUUGCCUGUGUGUAUAUAUGUAUGUAUCCUGGUGGUACAUUUGUGUGAGUGUGUCUCCAGCUGUAUGUGUAGUGGCACUUGCUGCUCAUUUUAUGCUUCGAUAACCACUAAAGUGCAGACUCUUUUUGCUACAGCUGAAGCUGAAAACUGAAGAUUUUUUUUUAGCUCAGAAAAUAUAUGUUAUAAAGAACAUUCAAUUUUAUUAAUUACGAAAUGGUCAGAAAUAAUAUUAACAAAAUUCUGUUAUUUCGAAGAAAAGUGAGUAGAAACCAGAUUUCGGAAACCAGAUUUUUAUUAAGAGGUAACAUCAACAACUUUUGAUACAAAAAAAGGCCAAAAAUUAAGAUUUUUAACUGUGAAAGCAGUUUUCUUGGAAAUUUAAUAACGAUUACAACGAGGUACGGCAUUCCAUAUUCUGACCAUUACUGGCUUAGUUAUUGACAAAAUACUUUUGUUUUUGGGAGAAAAUAGGAGAAACCAAUUCGCAAUUUUGAUAAAGGGCUUGCGAUAAAGUCAAAAAUUGUAAAAUUGCAUUUUGAAUGCAUAUCUGCUAAGAAUUAAAAUUUUUACAAAAAUACUCGAUUUUCUCGAUAAUAAUAAUGGUUAAAUAAGCAUGUAGAAAUAUAUUUCUCUUUUAAAAACACAAAUUGCUUAGUUAUUAAGUCCUUAAAAAAUAUUUGGCGAUAACAAAUAAUUAUUUAAGGUAUCGAAAAUUUGAACAUCAUAGUCAGGUCAAAUGAUGUUCAACAUAUUAAGCUGAGAUAAAAAUCGGUUACUGGUCAUUUGGCAAGUAUUGAAGCAUAACGACUGAAACUUUUAAGUCCAGUAAUCGACCAUGAAAAUAUCUUGAUAAUAAUGGGUCUAUAAAACAGGUUACUUCUCCCAUAUCACUACACAGUUGGCUCACAAUCCAAGCCAUGAAUUAUACAUUUUUUGUUUUUUUGGUACUAACUUUGGUCCCAUUUAUGGGUCAGAGAUGUUGGGCUGCUCCUUCGGCCGAUGAUUUGGCAAAAUUUGGUGAAAUGGAGAAAACUAUCAAGGAGUUGACCAGUUCGAUCCUGGCCAUGAGUGGAGCUACUCCUGGAUUUAGUCCCGGCAAUAUAAAUGCCAACAAUAUUUGGCCUGAAGAUCUACAGGCUUAAUUUUGGGAUAUAAACUUAGUUGGCUCGGUCUACUAAAUUGUGUUUAGCAGUUCUGCAGUUUAUUUUUUUUGUGUGUAUAUUUUUUUUCUUCUUUUUUCUGUGGAUAAUAAAAUAUUUAACGCAAGAUUAACGUACUAUAUAACUUAUCUUUUUUUUCCAAAAAAUUAAUUCAUUCUUGGAACAAAACUAAAAAGAAAAAUUCCAAAAUCUUAUCGUCUUUGCAUCGUCUUACACCCGCAGCUUCCAUAAGCAAAUCCGAGACAGCAAAUCCAACACUGCUGAUCGUUUUUAUGGAAAAUUGUAGUGCGAUGGCAGGGGGCAGACAGGCAGUCACACAUUGCCGACUAAAUCUAAUCAAGUUAAUUUACACAGUCGCACCCCAGAAACACAGAAACAAAUUUGUGCAGAAGAAACCCAAAUAAAAUACCCAAAAAAAAAAAGAUUAAAAAAGAGUAAAGAUAAAUCUAGUCUUUUAGGAUGUUUACCAAUAAUGAAGAAAAUAAGGAAUACUUUUGGAUAUGUAUGAAAUUUUUGGA